UUUCAUUGAGGAUGAUUGUGAUCCAGAAUGUGGGACCCGGUUCCCCAGCAAGGAUUAGGAGACGGUGGGUGAAAAGGACUCUGUGGGGUGUCCUCUUUGGGCUGAUGGUCCUCAUCUAUGGCUCUCAUGCACCGCUCAUUUCUCUCACCAAGGUAGACGGUCAAGUCCCUUUCAACCCCUCGUCAUGUGUGGUAAUGAUUGAGUUAUCCAAACUCCUGAUUUCUCUGGCGACUCUCGUUUCAACCGGGGGUACAUCCGCCUUACAUGCUGUUCCACCUCUAGUCCGUGUGGCCCCCUAUGCAGUCCCUGCGAUGCUCUACGCCCUAAACAACAACCUGGUGGUUCUCAUGCAGGCCUACAUGGACCCAAGCUCAUACCAAGUCCUCUCUAACCUGAAAAUUGCCUCCACCGCCCUGUUGUACUCCCUCUGCCUGGGCAAGAGGCUCAGGCCUUCUCAGUGGCUGGCUGUGGGGCUCCUCGUGGGUGCAGGGGUGUGUCACAGCUACAGCAGCCUGGAUCUAGGGGACCCCGAGAGGGCCGACGCUGAGGAAGGUCUCAGCCUUCAUAUCACAGCUUGGGGGCUUUUCCUUGUGCUGGUGUACUGCUGUGUUUCAGGGCUUGCAGCAGUUUACACAGAGAGGGUGCUGAAGAGCCAGAAGCUGCCCCUCAGCUUGCAGAAUCUCUACCUCUAUGUGUUUGGUGUGGCUAUCAAUGGGCUAUCCUCCUUCUCCUUUGCAGCAGCUGAAAAGAGCUUUCUGGAGGGAUACUCGGGGGUGGUUUGGGUCAUUAUAGCAGGGCAGGCAGCUAAUGGACUUCUGAUGUCUGUGGUGCUCAAGCACGGCAGCGGGAUCACCAGACUGUUUGUCAUUUCCUGCUCCAUGCUGGUGAACGCUCUGUUGUCUUGGGCCAUCUUGGGGCUGCAGCUCACACCUUUUUUCCUCCUACCCAUUUCAAUGAUUGGACUGGCAGCUUUCAUGUACUACAGAUAGUUAAUAACUGAACCACAAGGCCCAGUCAACUCAUUACAGUCUGUACAUUUGUUUUCUGCCUUAUAUCUAUCUGCCUUCUGACAUCCAGAAUCCAACGCAUAUUUCCAUGUGUAACAACAGACCAUAUCAUGUGUGAACAUUUGUCAGCUGAAAACUACUUUGACAAUUAACUUUUUUUUAUUUAAUUCACAAUUUUAUUAUAUCUUCAGUUAAGAAUUGCUGAAGAGGGCUGCUAGUGUACUUUUGAUUUUUGUAUUUCAAGAACAAUGUCAAAGUGUGUUCAUGAUAACUAAUAAACUGUCAAAACCAGUUUUAUUUCCAAUGAUGUGCAUUAAGCACACUGAUCGAGAAACGUCUUUCAGUCAUACAUUCAAUGUUGUUGGGAUAACAGUUCAGCCGUAGGAUCACCUCGCACAGCUAGAGUAUCCCUUAACUCUCCCAAUGCUGUAAAAGAGAAAAUCAUAUCUGCAACAUUUUACCUUUUUAGAGGUUAGGGGAAGUUCUAUCUCCAACAUAACAGCCAGAGGUUAAGGAACAUAUGCUGACCUUUACGGAGUUGUUUGUUGUCCGCCUGCAGCUCCUGGUUCUGGGCAGAGAGGUAGACGGCAUCCUGCACAGCUUCCAGCAACACACUUCUGUAUCUGCCCUCUGACAUCCUCCUCUGCUCCUCACUUACCUGACGAAACACUCUGAACACCUGCAGUAAAACAUGUAACGUAGACAAUGAAUUAUCUAUCCGCCUGUUGGUGAAGGAGACUAUAAAACUAGUAAAAAAUGAAUUAAAUGGAAAAAGGUGAAUCUCUCAUUGACAAACUCCAACCUGCAGGCUCUCGUCUCUUAGACAAUGCAGCUCUGUUUGGUGGUGAUGAUAUUGAUCCUGCAGGUUUCUCUCAGCCUGCUGGGCCUCAGCGCGCAGGGCCUCUAUCUGUAGCACCAGGACCCGCCUCUCUGUGGUCAGCACGAGCAGGUCUCUCUGGGGGCCUUCUGUCUAGCAGAGGAAUGGAUGAACCCAUAAAAAUAAAAAAAAAUGCAAGGGAAUAACAGAAUCAAGUUGCACAUGCAGUAGUUUCCACUGCCCACCAUAAAUCCAGCCUUGAAUUAAUUCAAACUGACUCAGCAUCCUCAGCUGAGAUAGAUCACAAACUGAAUAAUGAACAGUGUAUCUCAUUAUCUCACCGGUAGCUCUUCCUGUGCCAAGUCUCUCUCCAUCUUCUGCACCUCCUCCUGAAUUAAUCUCCAGUGGUCCUCCUUAAGUUGCCUCCUCUGUUCCUGUGCUUUGCUGUAUUCCAACUGAGACUUAAAUUGGCAAAAUAAAUGUCUGAGUGUGGGCACAACCCACUGUCACACACAUAAAUCUUGUUAAUCUGUUUAAUGGGGUGUCCACAAAGCCUUGUAAACACAUUACCCAAUCACAUAUUCAGGCAAACAAUAUCAUAUUUAAUUGAUAGAGAGCAUUACUUGUUGGCAGAGGUCAGAUUUCUCUGCAGCAGGUCCACUCUUGAGUGUCUCCUCUCUGAGAGCAUCCCUCAGCUGCUGGAUUCUUCCUACUCUCUCCUGCACU